GCCGCCGGCUCGGGGCUGGGUACAUUGUCGCGCGGCCGCUUCCCCCCGGCCGGGCCCCCGCCGCCCCGCGGUCCCCAGAGCGCCAGGCCCCCGGGGGGGGGAGGGAGGGCGGGAGGGUGCCGGGCCGGUGGGCGCCGGUGGCUGGCGGUGGGACUCACGGAGCCCCGCGACCCGCCGAGCCUGGAGCCGGGCCGGGGCGGGGAAGCCGGCUCCAGCCCGGAGCGAACUUCGCAGCCGGUCGGGGGGCAGCGGGGAGGGGGCCCGGAGCCGGAGGAGGGGGCGGCUGCGGGCAGCCCGGCCCGCGCCCCCGCGUCCCCGGGCACCAUGCUGUCCAACUCCCAGGGCCAGAGCCCGCCGGUGCCUUUCCCCGCCCCGGCCCCGCCGCCGCAGUCCCCCGCCCCUGCCCCGCCGCACCCCCCGGCGCAGCCGCCGCCGCCGCCGCCCCCGCAGCAGUUCCCGCAGUUCCACGUCAAGUCCGGCCUGCAGAUCAAGAAGAACGCCAUCAUCGACGACUACAAGGUCACCAGCCAGGUCCUGGGGCUGGGCAUCAACGGGAAAGUUUUGCAGAUCUUCAACAAGAGGACCCAGGAGAAAUUCGCCCUCAAAAUGCUUCAGGACUGCCCCAAGGCCCGCAGGGAGGUGGAGCUGCACUGGCGGGCCUCCCAGUGCCCGCACAUCGUGAGGAUCGUGGAUGUCUAUGAGAAUCUGUAUGCAGGGAGGAAGUGCCUGCUGAUUGUCAUGGAAUGUUUGGACGGCGGAGAACUCUUUAGCCGAAUCCAGGACCGAGGAGACCAGGCCUUCACAGAAAGAGAAGCAUCCGAAAUCAUGAAGAGCAUUGGUGAGGCCAUCCAGUAUCUGCACUCAAUCAACAUUGCCCAUCGGGAUGUCAAGCCUGAGAAUCUCUUAUACACCUCCAAAAGGCCCAACGCCAUCCUGAAACUCACAGACUUUGGCUUUGCCAAGGAAACCACCAGCCACAACUCUUUGACCACUCCUUGUUAUACGCCAUACUAUGUGGCUCCAGAAGUGCUGGGCCCCGAGAAGUAUGACAAGUCCUGUGACAUGUGGUCCCUGGGUGUCAUCAUGUACAUCCUGCUGUGUGGGUAUCCCCCCUUCUACUCCAACCAUGGCCUUGCCAUCUCUCCUGGCAUGAAGACUCGCAUCCGAAUGGGCCAGUAUGAAUUUCCCAACCCAGAAUGGUCAGAAGUAUCAGAGGAAGUGAAGAUGCUCAUUCGGAACCUGCUGAAAACAGAGCCCACCCAGAGAAUGACCAUCACCGAGUUUAUGAACCAUCCCUGGAUCAUGGCUUUGAUUCGGACCCCUUUCGUCUCUUCUCAGCAAUCAACGAAGGUCCCUCAAACCCCACUGCACACCAGCCGGGUCCUGAAGGAGGACAAGGAGCGGUGGGAGGAUGUCAAGGAGGAGAUGACCAGUGCCUUGGCCACAAUGCGCGUUGACUAUGAACAGAUCAAGAUAAAAAAGAUUGAAGAUGCGUCCAACCCUCUGCUGCUGAAGAGGCGGAAGAAAGCUCGGGCCCUGGAGGCCGCGGCCCUGGCCCACUGAGCCACCGCGUCCCUCCUGCCCGCGGGAGGACAAGCAAUAACUCUCUACAGGAAUAUAUUUUUUAAACGAAGACGCAGAACUGUCCACAUUCGCCUCCUCUCCUCCUCAGCUGCAUGGCUCCUGGAACUGCAUCAGUGGCUGAAUUCUGCCUUGGUUCUGGCCACCCCAGAGUGAGAGGCUGGGAGGCUGGGAGGCCGUGGAGGGAAGUGAGCAAGGUGCUCCUGGACCUGUGCUCGUUUUGCGAUUCUGUCAGUGAUCUGACGUAGAGUUUUUAUGAAACCUCUUUUGUCAUCCUGCCCCACUCCUCCUCUUCACCGGACGCCUUCCUCUCUGGCUACUGCAAACGCUUGUGGUUUGUUAGAGGGUAUUUGUGGAAACUGUCAUAGGGAUUGUCCCUGUGUUGUCCCAUCUGCCCUCCCUGUUUCCCCACAACAGCCUGGGGUCGUCCCCGCCGGCUCAGGCGUUCUGGGAGCUAACGGCCAUCUUGGAGGAGGAUGCCAUGCCCUCCUCUCUUGGAGCCCUCAGAUAUUUCCAGUGUGCCAGACAAAUAGGAGUGAGUGUGUGUGUGUGUGUGUGUGUGUGCGCGCGCGUGCACACGUGUGUACGAGUGCGCAGAUCUGUGCCUGGAAUCGUGUAUUUGAGGGGCCAGGGGCAGGCAGGGCUGCAGAGGGAGAUGGCCCUGCUGGGGUUUAGGAACCUUCUCCCUUCUUGGAUCUGCCCUGCCCAUACUGAGCCUGCCACAGUGCCUGGGAAGCCCAUCCAGAUUCUGAAGCAGGCUUUCGGUGGCCUGUCUCUGUUAGCUGGGUUCUGGGAGGCAGAGAGGAGUGACCGGGCACUGGUACAGUGAUCAGGAAGACUGGACCCCCAGCCCCCAGGGCCCCCUUCCCCCCACUUAGUGCUGGUCCUAGGUCUUCUGUGGCGCUCAUCUACUGAAUGACCUCUCUACUUCCCCUUCUUCCCAUUAUUAAUCCAUUUUUGUUUCUUUUCCUUAAAGUUCUAGCCAUUUCUCCAUGGGCCGCCUCUCAGCUCAUGUGGGCGAGCCUGGGCAGCUUCUGUUGACAAAGCUUUUGCAUUUCCUGUGUCUCCCCUGGUUCUGGGGCAUCAGCCAGCUACCUUGUGGGCAAAGGCAGGGCUACUUUGAGGUCUUUCCUCAAAUUUCCAUUGUGUGGCCUGGUGGGCGGGGGGGAGUCUUUGCACCAAAGAUGUCCCGACUUUGCUCCCUUGCCCAUCAGCCAUUUGCCAUCACCCCAAACAACUCAGCUUCGGGGCUGGUGAGAGGAGGGGCCUUCCCCAGCACAGAUGAGGAGCAACUGGGGAUAGGCUCCCUGUGCCAUAGCCCCCCACUCCCCCUUCCCUUGGAGGGAGAGGUGGCAGGAAGACUUCACCUUUCCUCUCCCUCAGGGGCAGGUGGUGGAGGGGCGUCCAGGGUCGUCUUUGUGCAUGGGGGAAGGCGCUGGGUACCUGCAGCGCCUCCCUCGUCUCAGAUGGUGUGUCCAGCACUCGAUUGUUGUAAACUGUUGUUUUGUAUGAGCAAAACUGUCUUUACUAAACAGAUUUAAUAGUUGAAA